UAGUAGUUAGUUUUAUAAAUGUCAUAUCUAAUACGUGUGAAAUGGAUUAUUCUCUGCUGCUCUUAAUCUGUACCUCAGCUGUUUUCGAGAAGACUUGGUGUCUAAAUACUUCAGAGAGCCCCACCUUUAACACAUCACAAUAUACUUCAGAGAGCCCCACCUUUAACACAUCACAAUAUACUUCAGAGAGCCCCACCUUUAACACAUCACAAUAUACUUCAGAGAGCUCCACCCCCAACACAUUACAAUAUACUUCAGAGAGCCCCACCUCUAACACAUCACAAUAUACUUCAGAGAGCCCCACCUUUAACACAUCACAAUAUACUUCAGAGAGCCCCACCUUUAACACAUCACAAUAUACUUCAGAGAGCCCCACCUUUAACACAUCACAAUAUACUUCAGAGAGCUCCACCCCCAACACAUUACAAUAUACUUCAGAGAGCCCCACCUCUAACACAUCACAAUAUACUUCAGAGAGCCCCACCUUUAACACAUCACAAUAUACUUCAGAGAGCCCCACCUUUAACACAUCACAAUAUACUUCAGAGAGCCCCACCUUUAACACAUCACAAUAUACUUCAGAGAGCUCCACCCCCAACACAUUACAAUAUACUUCAGAGAGCCCCACCUCUAACACAUCACAAUAUACUUCAGAGAGCCCCACCUUUAACACAUCACAAUAUACUUCAGAGAGCUCCACCCCCAACACAUUACAAUAUACUUCAGAGAGCCCCACCUCUAACACAUCACAAUAUACUUCAGAGAGCCCCACCUUUAACACAUCACAAUAUACUUCAGAGAGCCCCACCUUUAACACAUCACAAUAUACUUCAGAGAGCCCCACCUUUAACACAUCACAAUAUACUUCAGAGAGCUCCACCCCCAACACAUUACAAUAUACUUCAGAGAGCCCCACCUCUAACACAUCACAAUAUACUUCAGAGAGCCCCACCUCUAACACAUCACAAUAUACUUCAGAGAGCCCCACCUUUAACACAUUACAAUAUACUUCAGAGAGCUCCACCCCCAACACAUUAUAAUAUACUUCAGAGAGCCCCACCUCUAACACAUCACAAUAUACUUCAGAGAGCCCCACCUCUAACACAUCACAAUAUACUUCAGAGAGCCCCACCUUUAACACAUCACAAUAUACUUCAGAGAGCUCCACCCCCAACACAUUACAAUAUACUUCAGAGAGCCCCACCUCUAACACAUCACAAUAUACUUCAGAGAGCCCCACCUCUAACACAUCACAAUAUACUUCAGAGAGC